AUAAUUUAAAAGUAGUUUAGUAUAUAUUUGUAUUUAUUUGGUUUAUAUAUACCCAACAUCCAGGCAGGUGCUUCAUCAAAUUUAGCUUUAUUCUUUCUGCUCGCAUUCAAGAUAAUAACACACAAAUCAUGCAAAUUCUUCACAUGAACAAAGGAGAAGGAGAGACCAGUUACGCCAAAAAUUCAGUGGUUCAGAAGAAGAUAAUAUCAGUUGCUACUUUAAUGGUGGAAGCCGCCGUUGUUAAUAUCUUGAGGGAGAUACAGCCGGAGAGCAUGGGGUUUGCGGACCUAGGAUGCUCAUCUGGACCCAACUCCUUGACCGUGGUCUCUCAGAUGAUCCAUGCGGUGGAUGCUACUUGCCAUCAGAUGGGUCGAUCUUUACCUGAACUAAAGGUGUUGCUGAACGAUCUCCCUGGCAAUGACUUCAACCAUGUGUUUGAGUUAUUGCCAGAGCUUUACAGGAAACUGAAGGAUGAUUAUGGUAUUCAUGAAGGCUGUUACGUUUCGGGUGUGCCUGGUUCGUUUUACGGCAGGUUGUUUCCUGUCCGGAGUCUUCACUUCGUCCAUUCUUCUUCAAGCCUCCACUGGCUCUCUCAGGUACCAUUAAGUUUAGGAGCCGGUGCUGGAACCCAUUUGAAUAAAGAGAAGAUAUACAUAUCCAAGAGUAGCUCCACGAGUGUAAUAGAAGCAUACCAACAACAGUUUCAUGAAGAUUUCUCGUUGUUUUUGAGAUCGCGUGCCAAAGAAAUGAUUAUCAAGGGACGAAUGGUUUUGUCAUUCAUGGGUCGGAUGUCUCUUGACCCUUUUGCAGACGAGGCUUGCUACCAAUGGGAACUUCUAGCUCGAGCUUUAAUGAGCUUAGCCUCCCAUGGACUUGUUGAAAAGGAGAUGAUAGAUUCCUUCAAUGCUCCUUACUAUGCACCUAGCCCGAAAGAAGUGGAAAGUGAGGUCGACAAAGAAGGAUCAUUUGUGAUGUGUGAUGUUAAAGCGUUUGAGAUAGAAUGGGAUGUUAGUGAUUCGAGAACCCUUAAGGAGUCAACUGGCCAUCGAGUGGCUAAGACUAUUCGAGCAGUAGUGGAGCCAAUGUUGGAAAGUCAUUUCCAUCUUGGGACCGACAUGAUGGAUGAUCUGUUUCGAAGAUAUGCUACAAUCAUCGAUGAUUGCCGUUCGGAAAGAAAAUUCAAGUAUACUAAUUUGGUUGUUUCUUUCAUAAAAAAAGGUUGAUCACAAUGUGUUCCUCUUUUUGUCUUGGAAUUGAAGGAACUUUUUUUUCUUUAAAAACAAGAAAUAAAUUUAC